CUAGUUUGUUGUCAAAGAUGAAGUGCAAAUAAAGAAAACAGUUAAAUAAUAAUAGCUCGCAGAAUGCCAGAAAAUUCCGCCAGCUCUGUGCCCACAGGGGCUGCCACUCGAACCAUGCGCGCCCAGCUGGGCGGUAGUACCUUUGGCCAACGACGCGAGGACAUCUUCAGACGUCUUCAGGAAAGUGCGCAUCAGAUCUCGCAAAACUACAGUGGAAAAGAGCUGGCCACGGAGCGAGAUGAGUCAGUCCAGGAACUGUGUGAUGCCCUCGAGGAGCUGCUAGGAUACGGGCUCAGGCAGACCUCGGGCAGUACUUCUACAUUCAGCGCCGCCAGCUUUAUUCAGAACAUGCAGGAGAUGGUGACGGGAAAUGCGGGCGCUGGCAGCAACAACAAUGACGCCACUUUAUGGGACUUCUGCCAGAAGCACUUGACUCCCCACGAACGCCAGCGGUAUGCGGACCUGAAGCAGAUCUGGACCAAUGUUGGCCGUGGUCGUGCCUUCAUUCGCGCAGCGUUGAAUGAGAAGCGUCUGCACAGCCAUGUUCUUACCUGGCUAAGCGACGAGGAGCUCCUGCACCGCUUCUACACGCCCUGGUCAUUGUUGCUUAAUGAGGAGGCAGCUAAGAAGUUGCCUGAGAUAAUAGACUCCCUCAACGAUGUAUUAUUUGCCCUAAAUGUGGACACCACGGAACUUAAUGCGCCCAGGAGACUCACAGCAGGUCCUGCAGUCAAGGAAGAGCCCAUUAUAUAUGCGCCCAAUCCAGUCCCUGUGUCCGUGCGCCAAAGAAGACAUCCCGGUAUCGCCGUGGAGCGACCCAUCGAGGGAGCCAGUUCCACAGAAGAUUUACUGGGUGCCCUGAAACCUAUUGAAUCCUUGGAGGUGCAGCAAAUACUCUCCAAAGAUGCUGUGCUUCAGGAACUUAGCAAACCGUCAGAAGAUAUUAGUGUCGACGAACCCUUUGAUCCCAUUGAACCGGAGCUGGAGUUUCUAAAGACACCGUUGCCGGAAGUCUUUCCACAGACUGCGGCAGACCACGAUCUAUUUGAAGAUCGCAGCGAUACCUCUUCGCAGUGGAGCAAGUCUUCGUCCUCGGCGAAUUGCCAUGCCAACAGCCAGCAGCAGACGGCCCUGGAGGAGCAGGUUAACCAACUAAAUGAAAGAUGCGCCCUGCUGGAGACCCGUGUGGCUGAACUCAAUCUACAGAACCGUUUGCUCAUUCGGCGUCUGACCAAACAGUUCGAGGAGACGGGGAUUGAUCCAAGCUCGUCGCUCUGCUCCAACUUCCUGAUCACCAUUCCACAUGUCAAACUUGCCAAGACUCAGCGAUCUGGCUCGCACUACACCUACGAAAUCCACAUCACGAUGAGGGAGCGCCUGGAGCACUGGACGCUUUUCAAACGCUACAGUGAGUUCAACAAGCUGCACAAGUCGCUACUGAAGACCCAUCCGGUGGUCAGUGGCGUUGAGUUCCCGCCAAAAAAGCAUUUCGGGAACAUGAACCUCGUCUUUGUGGAGGAACGGCGUCAGCAGCUGCAGAUCUAUCUACUCAAUCUGGUGGAGACACUGCCCAAAGUGGAGGCCUGUAAGUCCAAGGCGGAGCUGCAGAAGGCAUUUCCCUUCUUCAGGGAUAGAUAGCCGCCAGCCACUAUACUUACAGAUAGGAACCUACCUUAGCCUAUAUAAAACAACAAAGGAAGCUCGAAAAGAACAAGUAUUUUUACGCUCAUCAUCCGAUUGCUAUUUUGUUAAAACAGAUCUUUAAUUAUAUGUGUAAACAAAGGAGGUGGUCCAAGUGCUGUAAUCACUGAUAUUAAAUAAAAUAAGGACGUUUUCAAUUA